GUCACGUGAUAUAUGGUUUAUACUGCUUUAAAUAAUUAUAACAUGCCAAAAUAAUUGCUGUGGUAGUGUUGAGGUUUACAUGAACGAAGGACGUUUGUAAAAUUAAAGACUCGAGGAUAUAUAUGAACGCCGAUACAUUAGCAACAUGAAUGAGUUUUGUGUAGCGUUCUUGAUAUUCUGUCUUAAUGUGGAUAUUUCAUACAGCCAGAGGUGGUGGUAUGUUCCGGUUCCCUCGUACGCGUUCAAACCACAGGCCAACACGGGUUAUCAAGUCGCCGGAUGGAGUUCGAGCCACACAACUGAGCCUCCCCUAGGGCCAAACGAUAGAAUGAACACGACGGAUGUUCCAGAGGAGAUAGAAGCCCGUCCUGAUAAAACGCGUGCUCAACGAAGGGAAUUGUUAAAACGAAUGAAUCCCGGAUUUACCAGCCAACAAAUUGAAGCACAACUUAUCCGAGAUGAUAAGGCACGUGCAAAAAUGGCGGCAACUCAGAGCGAACCCGUCAUUAUACUACAGGACCACCCAAGCGUCGCUAUGAAACAGACUUCCGUUGAAAAACCAAAACAACACGUGGUACAAAUACAGACAAACGCCGUCUCGAAACAGAUUUCUGUUGAAGAACCAAACCAAAUCUUUGUACAAAAGUCCAAACCAAAGUUAAUACUACCGAAACAACAAAAGAGAAAUUUCAACUUGUGGAGUCCGCUGUCAGCAAGCGAAUUGAAAUCUUUUGGACAGAUAUUUAUAUCCCAACCUGAUCCACCCAGUUCUAGGACAAGUGCAGCUCCAUCUGGACAACCAAUCAUCAGUGCAACAGCACGUGCUCAGCGGAGACAAUUGUUAAAAAGGAUGAAUCCUGGAUUUACAAAUGCACAAAUAGAAGCACAACUUAUCCGAGAUGAUAAGGCACGUGCAAAAAUGGCGGCAACACAGAGCGAACCAGUGGUGAUUCUGCCUGAACCAGUCACGGCACCCACAAAACCACCCCCUGUCAACCCCCCUAAACCGAAGCCAAAAGCCAAAGCGAAAGCCCAACCUAAACCAAAACAAAAACAAGCAAAACAAGCGAACAAUAACAAUGUUUGGCAACCAACGUCAGCCGGGAAAUUUGGCUCAAUCGUAAAAAGGCCAGUACAACGCCAACCAGGUUCAAAACAAAAUCAACAGCGGGCCAAUCCAGCACGAAAUGCUCGUAGACGCCGUCCGAAAACUACAACAACAACAGAACCUCUUCCGACAACGUACCCGCCCACCUACCCGCCCACUACAGAUUUUAUACCAACGACAUACCCUACACCCGUCUACCAUUAUAACGAUCCAAUAGUAAGUAAUCACCCUAGGCGAGGUGGACCACCUCCUAGACGGCAACCACCAAUGAGAAGACAGCAAGCACCCAGAAGAAAUACUAGACCGAGACCACGACCACGCCCACGACCACUAGGGCGACGACAGCGGAAUCGUGCAAGAGCCGACGGUGAGGAAUUUCGACCACGUGACCCGUUAUCUAAAUGGAUCUUCAACAAUAUAGAUGGCGAAGUCUUGGAUGCUUUCCUUCCAUUGUUUGCCUUCGGUUAAAAUAUAAUUAUGUACAUGAUAGCACACAAUAUCGAUACAAUCACGUCUAUGACGUCACAGCACGUGAUAUCCUCGUUCUAUGACGUCACAGUAUGUGAUGUAAUCCUUCAUUUUAGACAGGUGUCAUAUGCGCUUUAAUAUUAUUAUUUUUUUUUUUCUAAAUUGUAUAAUUUAUGUCAAUUGUUUUGCGAUUCUCGUAGUUUUUCAUCUAUUUUUUUUCAGUAAUGAACAUAAAUAUAACAUGGCUGUUACAUACUUGAAGAUUUCAUUCGGAAAUGUUUUGCCAGCUAUGUUGGCCUCAGAAUAGAUCUACAUUUAGAUCUACCUCGUGAUUAAUUUAAAAAAUGAACACGUAGAUCUAAUAUAUAAUAUUUCAAGUUUGCCUUUUUAACAUAAAUAAUAACAUUUGCAUUAUUAAAUUCGUUGUAUUGUAUGUUUGAACAAAUAAAAAGUUUGUGUACUGUAUUUACAA